GGGCCCUCCAUGUGGCCGCUGCGAACUGUCAACACGUCACCUCGCUGCGAUCUCCGGAGGAGAAAGUCAAGUCUGUUUUUUGGGGAAAGUACGCGCUGAAAGUUUCCCGUGGUCAUGAAGGUGGUUGGAUCUACGUGCGCCCUGAAGAGUAAAGUGGGAGGCGACGACGUGGUGCGCUGCCUGUCCGAGCAGAGCCUCACCAUCUCUAAGUGCAAGAUCCCGCUGCUGGACGAGCAGAUGAGCGUCUUCCUGCAGGACAUGAACAGCUGCUACAGCAAGCUCAAGGAACUCGUGCCCACGCUGCCUACCAACAAGAAGGCCAGCAAGGUGGAGAUCCUGCAGCACGUCAUCGACUACAUCUGGGAUCUACAGGUGGAGCUGGACGAGCCCGAGAGGAGCCGCGCGCAGCAGCCGGGAACGGGCCAGCCUCGUACGCCGCUCACCGCACUCAACGCGGAGCUCGCCAGCAUCGCCGUCGACAACGGCUGCUCGGAUGACAGGAUCAUGUGCCGCUAAGAGCCUGGCGCAGCAUCUUCAGCUUCGCGAGGCUUUCCAAAGAUGUCACCGUGCAGCAUCCGCGACGAACCUGGAACUGUUGUUAGGUGGUGGGGGCGGGGGUGUGGGGCGGUACACACGCACUCUCACAAAAACUUAAGGCUGCACGCGUUGCGUGGACGUCCUCGAGUUGGAGAGGAUGAUGUCGAAGCAAGAAGUCACUCGAGGCUCUCGAUUCGUCCGACGGGUCCAGAGGCAAGAGACGAGAACGGCGGCAGCGCUCCAUGAAGAUGAGACUGGGCUGGCCACUGGGACCCGGACGAGAUGAGCCCAGCGGAACGGCAAAGCCUGUUGCGUGUUCUGCAAAUCUUCUCUUACGUUCUUCCAACGUGUGCAAAAGGAAAAAAAAAAGAAAUAUAUAUAUAAAGAAGUCAUUCCACAAUUUUUUUUAUUUUUUAAAUUCUCAGAUUCCUGAGUGACAAACUGUAUUGUAUAUUACAAUGCCACAUUACAUGUGAACAUAUUGUUUUCUUACAAUGUACAUUUUAUUGGUGUAUUUUUUUUUUUAUUAAAACGAGACCAUUAUUUUUUAA